AAGUAAAACUCUAUCAUCGGCUAAGCUGCAAAAAAUAACGGUUAAACGGGCGGGUUGGCCACAUUUUGCCACCACCUACAAACAAUUUAACUGAUCACAGGAAUCCACAACACAAACCACACAACUCUCCCAAACCCAAAUGAAUUUCUCCGGCGACGGCAAAGCCGUGUCCCACGUGGUGGCAAUGCCGUAUCCGGGAAGAGGACACAUAAACCCCAUGCUAAACUUCUGCAAAAUCCUUGCAUCAAGAAAACCCAACAAAAUUUUCAUCACCUUUGUAGUCACCGAGGAAUGGCUCAGCUAUAUCGGCGCCGAUCCAAAGCCAGAAGCCAUCAGCUUCACUACAAUUCCCAACGUGAUCCCACCGGAGCGCGAGAGAGCAGCCGAUUUUCCUGGAUUUUAUGAAGCCGUCAUGACGAAGAUGGAAGAGCCGUUUGAGCGGCUUCUUGAUCAGCUUGAGCCAACUGUGAAUGCCAUAAUUGGUGACGUUGAGCUGCGGUGGCCUGUUGCUGUUGCUAAUCGGAGGAAUAUUCCGGUGGCGGCGUUUUGGACUAUGUCAGCAUCGUUUUACUCCAUGUUACAUCAUCUUGAUGUCUUUUCACGAAACCAUCAAUUAACAGUUGAUAAAUUGGAUGAAAGAGCAGGGAACGUUCCAGGAAUUUCUUCACUUCAUACAGAAGACCUUCGAACUGUACUUCACGAAAACGAUCACCCAGUUUUGCAGCUUGCAUUGGAAUGCAUUUCCAAGGUGCCAAAUGCAAAUUAUCUUCUGCUUACCACAGUGCAAGAGUUGGAAGCUGAAACAAUUGAUACCCUUAAAUCUAUAUUCCCCUUCCCAAUCUAUCCUAUCGGCCCUUCAAUACCUUAUUUAGAACUCGAAGAAAAAAACUUGGUGAACACUGAUCAAAGCCACGACUAUAUAAAAUGGUUAGAUUCUCAGCCAUCUGAAUCAGUAUUAUACAUUUCUUUAGGUAGUUUCCUUUCGGUGUCCAGUGCCCAAAUGGACGUAAUCGUCGAAGCACUAAACAGUAGCGGAAUUCGGUAUCUUUAUGUGGCCCGUGGUGAAACGUCACGGUUGAAAGAAAAGUGUGGAGAAAAAGGCAUGGUGAUACCUUGGUGUGAUCAACUCAAGGUGUUGUCUCAUUCUUCUGUAGGUGGAUUUUGGAGCCAUUGUGGAUGGAAUUCAACUUUGGAAACAGUUUUUGCUGGUGUACCAAUUUUGACAUUUCCUCUUUUCUUGGAUCAAGUUCCUAAUUGCACUCAAAUUGUAGAUGAAUGGAAAAAUGGGUGGAAGGUAGAGAUGUCAUCAAAGUUGGAGAGUGACGUGUUUCUAGUUAAAGAAUAUAUAGAAGUUCUCGUUAAAAGGUUUAUGGAUGUUGAAAGCCAAGAGGGAAGGAAAUUCAGAGAUAGAGCAAGAGAACUUAAGGCUAUGUGUCAUAAAGCUAUUGGCAAAGGUGGAUCCUCAGAUAGGAAUCUCAAUGCAUUUAUCAGCGACAUUUCAUCUUGAUAGCACUGAGGUCUAGUGCGAGUGGUUGGUGUGCAGUGUGUCUGACUGUUGUAUAGUACGGUGUAUCGAGUUUGAUUCCUACUGAUAAAAAAAUAAUUCAAGGCACUGAUGUGUUGAGAAGCUUUGGUUCAGUUACACAAAUAAGCAAUGAAUUAAUAGAGUGAAGGAUAUUGUUGUUGAAUGUUAGAAUGUAUUUAGAUUGUGAAAAGUCAUAAAAUUGUAACUGAAAGGCGAUUUGUACUUGUACAUUCAGCAAUUUGAACUUCUAAGCAAAAUGUAGCUGCUGCAUUAUGCCUAUUUGCUUAUCAAUGUUGAAUAAUGGGGAUACUUUUGUUUAGAAA